AUGGUUGCUGCCGUAUCUGCCAUUCGGCGCGAUGCAGUCGCUGCGGCCGCUCGUCGCCAGCACCAGCACAUGCUUCUGAGCACUGCUGCUGCUGCUCCCGCGAUCGCCCUCUCCAAGGCACCGACGACCCAAGCGAAUGCUGCUUCCACUACUGCGGAUGCGGACACGACUGCUGCGGCGGUGGCUGCUGGUGCCGCGUCCACCGAGGAUCUCGUCCUCACAUCCAGCGUCGGCCGUGCUCGAGUCAUCACGCUCAACCGGCCCAAGGCUCUCAAUGCGCUCACUCUGGACAUGAUCCGCAGCAUGUACCAAGUCGCUGUCGCUACCCAUGUACCCGAGAACACGCUCUACGAUAUGCUCGUCCUUCGCUCGUCCUCGCCAAAGGCAUUCUGUGCUGGCGGUGAUGUUCGCCGCAUUGUUGAGCUUGCCAAGGCUGGCGAUGUCCCCAGCGCCCUGGCUUUCUUCCGCGAAGAGUACCAGCUUGACUACUUGCUUUCCACCCACCGUCUGCCCGUGAUUACGUUCAUGGACGGCAUCACCAUGGGCGGUGGCGUCGGCAUCUCGGUCCACGGCAUGUUCCGCGUUGCGACUGAAAACACUGUCUUUUCCAUGCCCGAAACCCCCGACGUCGGUGGCACGCACUUCCUCCCCUUGCUCGAUGGCUCGCUCGGCCGCUACCUCGCUCUUACUGGCCACCGCCUCAAGGGUGCUGAUGUUGUCUACGCUGGUAUCGCCACCCACUUCGUUCCGUCAAACCGCCUCGAUGCCCUGUUGACUCGUCUCGGCGAGUUGCGCCAAACCGAUCCUCAAUCUGUCGAUGCCUGCAUCGGUGAAUUUGUUGCCCCACUCCCCGCGUCUACUCUCUUCUCGACUCGCAAUGACGUUGACGAGGUCUUCAGCAACCAAUCUGUCGCUGAGAUCAAGGCAAACCUGGAAGAAAUGUCCAAGAACGGCAACGCCUGGGCGACCACCACCCUUGCCACCCUCGCCAAGAUGUCACCUACCGCACUGAUGCUCACCAACGCCCAAAUCACCUUCGGCCACAACAUUGACACUCUUCGCGACGCCCUGCGUCUCGAGUACGGCCUCGUUCAAAAGUUCCUGACCCUGCCCAACAACGACUUUGCCGAAGGCGUCCGAGCUGUUCUCGUCGACCGCAACCAGCCCAACUUCCAGAAGGUUGAAAUCACCUCCGAGAAGGAGAACGAGCUGUGCGACCAGUACCUCGGCUUCACCGACUUUGACGAGGAGACUGGCGCGAUCGAUCUGCACAACGACCAGCUGUGGAAGCAGCACAACGUCGAGCAGCUCGAGUUCCCGAUUCACGGCGCUGAGCGUGACGACGACUUUGUGCUGACCGUCGACUACGUGCUGCCCUUCCUGUUCAGCCGUGUUGCGUACAAGCCGCUGUCCCGCGCUGCCAUUUUCAACCAACUUGCUCCUGCCCUCGCCCGCCCCGGCAACUCGGAGAAGAUCGGCUACCUGAUUGACGCCAUGUGCAACGUCGAGGUCGAUCCCGCCACCGGCCAAAACCUCCAUUCUCUUAAAAACCAGUACCGUCUCGCGUUUGAGGGAGAGGAGGAGGACGCCGGCGCGCAGUAGGAAUCAAAACACACAAAAACUGGUUAGCCAGCGUGUGUUUCGUUUGCUGUCGCUUUUGUUCGUUCGCCGCGUGUUUCCACAUUGCUCUCUCUUUUUUUGCAACAUUACAGCGAGUA